CAAUUCCAGGGACGACAAACAAUGCAUAUAAAGGGAGGAAUGGGUCCCAGAAAAUUGGGAGGGCCGCGAGAGUAUUCAGCUGCUUUCCGUCAUCCUCCACUUUCGCGAAGACAUUUGGCCGAAAUAGAGCAAGUAGCAUCACUUUAAUAGUCGCUACCAUGAAGUUCACCACCCUUACCGCGGCGCUGCUGCCUUUGGCGGCAGAUGCCAUGUUCAGCAAGGAGGAAUACACGUCUGGCGCUGUUAUGGAAAAGAUGAUGGCUGCCAAAGAGGCCGCAUGGGCACAUCAAAAAGCCGCCGGCAACUACGACAGCAAGAAGUGGAACGGAUUUGGCCAGAAACGUACCAGCAAAGAUGUCAUCAAGUGCACAGAUGGCUACGCCGAAGCAGUCCCGGGCGACGCGGACCAGACCUACAAGUGCAAAGACAUCGACAUGUACGACUUCAAGACGCACGAAGAGCUCGGCAGCAAUGACGGAGAAGGCUCUGGAUCUUGGGGGUGGACCCAUGAGGGACGCGAUUUCAUCGCUAUCGGUCAAACCGACGGCGCUGCCUUCGCAGAAGUCACAAAGACGGGCGAAUUGGUUUAUCUCGGACGCUUGCCAGCACAAGCCGACCCAGUCAUCUGGAGAGAGAUCAAGGCAAACGGCGACUACUUGAUUGUUGGCAGUGAGGGUGUGGGCCACGGCGUUCAAAUCUUUGACAUGAAGAAGCUGUUGGACGUGGACCCCAGCGAGCCGGUUGUGUUCGACACGUCCAAAGACCUCACUGCAUUGUUCACCGACCUCCCGGUCGGCUCUUCCCACAACGUAGUUGUCAACGAAGAAAAGAACUACGCUGUCGCGGUCGGCGCGCAGCCUCGCACUGACAAAUGCGCAUCCGGUCUGAUCUUCAUCAACAUGGACGAUCCGGCCAACCCCUUCUCCCCUGGAUGCGCCCCUCAAGACGGUUACGUGCAUGACGCUCAAUGCAUUGUGUACCGCGGACCGGACGAGAAAUACAACGGUCGCGACAUUUGCUACGGCUACAACGAAGACACGUUGACCAUCUACGACGUGACCAACAAGACCGGCCCUCAGGCUUCUACCAUCAUCUCGCGCACCCCCUACACAGGCGCUACAUACACGCACCAGGGCUGGGUGCUAGACCCCAACUGGCAGACUCACCUUCUCCUCGACGACGAGCUCGACGAGGGCGAGAUUGACCCCAACGACACCAACCCUGAAUCCCCCGCCCUUGACGGCUUCCCUGUCACCUACAUCUUCGACAUCUCUAACCUCGAGAAGCCCGUCAACACCGGUUUCUACAAGUCCACCACGCGGUCCGUAGACCACAACCAGUUUGUGCACUCUGGCCUCGCAUACCAGAGCAACUACCAGGCCGGUCUCCGCGUCCUUGACGUUUCCACCAUCACCGAUGAUCCCACCGGUAAGGGUGUAGAGGAGAUUGCGUACUUUGAUGUCUACCCCGGCGACGACAACGAGGAGGGCGGCGGUGUUGCGUUGUGGGACUUUGGCACCUGGAGCCACUACACCUUCGCCAGUGGAUGGAUUGUUAUCAACACCAUCGACCGCGGAGCGUUUGUGGUCAAGAUGAGCAAGUUCAGCAAAAGAGCUCAUGGAAAGAGGUGGAUCCGUGGUGCUACGAGACAUUAGAUACCCUUGAUGUUUGCUAAAAUGAAAACUAUCAAUUAUUAUCAGUCCUACGUUUCGAUAGUGCAAUUCGUGCUCAGUGAUGCGUCCACGUCAUGCUUUCCGUGAAGCGCUACACAGAAAAAAAAUCUGUCGCGUGUUCACCAGCAUCGUACGGUACCGGUCGGGUCACUCAGUAGUACUCAUAGUGCCAUCCCUACAGACAAGCCACUCAUCUUGGACCACAUCGGGAGUUGGCAUACUCGAGGUAUCACACUGUACGACCCUGUGCACCAACAUGCCUUGAGCCCCUCUAUUAUUAGCACCUGUCACCAUCUCUUCUCCCCCGGGCUAGAGAUUGCAGUGUUUUCAUCCCAUCUC